AUGGCGCCGUCGUCACCGAGAACCGCGGCCUCUACGGCCCCAGACCCGCAACAACCACAAACAGCACAGCAACAACAAGCUUCCCCGAUGACGACAGAAGCACCAUCAGCGACCACGACACAACCCAGCCAAAACGCGACACAGACUGAACAAACACCAGCGACGACGACGACGACGACGACGACGACGACGACACCAGUUACAGCAACAUCGGAGGCCCCGGCAUCGCCACCGCUCCCCGCACGGCACACGGCCGUUGCGCCGGGACCGAGGGCGACGGCGCUGCAGCAGGCGUUUGACGAGGCGCUGAACCGCACGCUGGCAAAGCUCGAGUGGGACAAGUUCGCCGCCUGUUACCCGACCGUUUCGGCGAGGGCGCCAAACUCGCUGCGGUCGGUGCAGCAGCGGGUGGUGGGGUUGCUGUCGGAGAAAUGUAGGAAAGAAUUCCAGAUUAUUUUGGAGGAGCGGCAGGUCGUGCCCAAGCUAAACGAGCUCGAAGCUCUGGUAAGCGAGGCGGCGAUGAGGAGAAAGGACGCGGGCGACGCCGAGCCCGGCAUACCACCUCACCUCCUCCCGCCAGAAGACGUCCUGGCCGCCAACAUGGCCCCUCUCCUGGCCGCGCAGCAGAACCAGCUCAAUGCCAGGCUGCAGACGAUGCAGUCGCACAACGCGGCCCUGUUUGACGAGAUACAGUCCCAGCGCGCAGAGGCCGCCGCCCUCCUCGCAGAGCUCGAGGCGGCCUGCGCCGACGUGGGCGGCGCCAAUGCCUUGCUGGACGAGGUCGCCGACGAGCUGGCGCGGGAGACUAGGGCUGCCGAGGUGGAGAUGGGUGGGACGUAGCAAGGGAAGACAUGUCGGUU